UCAGGUAAUUCAGUCAGCCAGAAAACUGCUGAGAAAUAGACUUGUCAGUGAACAGAACAAUGCUGUUAAGGUUUCCUUUUUUUAUAUAUUUUAGGUGGCUCUGCAUGCUUGUGGCGUGGCAACAGAUAUGGUGAUUGAGCACUGCAUCAAGGCUCAUGCAGCCUUUGUCGUCUGCCCUUGCUGUUAUGGUUUCAUUCAGAACACAGUGAAAUUUACAUUUCCACGAAGUCAUCGGUUCAAGGAAGUUUUAUCCUAUAAGGAGCACAUGAUUCUUUGCAGAUUUGCAGAUCAGACCGCUGUUCAGCUUCCACCCGAACGCAGACUAAUAGGAAAACACUGUAUGGGGCUGGUGGAUCUGGAUCGGGCAUGGGCUGCAGAAGGAUGCAACUACUCUGUCCAAGUGAUGUCCAUGGAGCCAGAAAGUUGCUCUCCAAAGAACAACAUGGUAGUGGGUGUCCCUAUUUAGGUUAAGAGAUUUAUAUUUGAUUUUAAUUUAGGCAUCAAUUAUGAACAAUGCCAGGGGUUCAAACUGCUGGGAAGCAGACAUCAAACAUCCUGAACCCAUGGUCUUCAGAAAAGGAAGUAGCAGGAAAAGGGUUGGAAAGUUGGCUGCCUACAGAGCAUCACAAAUCCUACUUGUAAUAUGUUAUUAAAUGACUGCUGGCUUUCAUAAUGAGAAUCCUCUGAAGCAUUCACCUGCCUACAGAGUAAUAUCCACCAGGAAUGAAAUGUUUUCUUUGUCCUGAAUUGAAAUGUGUUGUUUCCAUUUUGAGCAUUUAAUGUUUUUAAUAAAAUU